CAAUGUGGUGCGGUUUCCGUUUCGGAACAGAUUGGUCAUCUUUGUGACACCAGGCAAUGGUAUCCAGAUCCAAAUGAGGCCAUUCCGGAUGCUUGGACACGAGAUUUCUGGCUAAGGUGGACUUGCCUGAUCCAGAGUUUCCAAAGACAAUGAUUGUGGGAUAGCGGAGCAAUAAGGGCGACUUCAUACUUGUAACUGGUUGAGGAUGCAUCUUGCUUGCUUUCAUCAAAUAAAUAAGUUCGGAGGAUGGGAAUGGCAAUGAGCAAAGAUCCAAUUGUACCGGUACCCUUAACCUUAUUUCACAGAAUGCCAAUCAGCGCAUCACCAUCGCGAACGGCCAUCAACAGCCAAGGAACUUCGAAUGGAAGAAACAAUGAUGUUGGCUUCAUGUCAGACCUCAGCUCUCUGCUGACAACCUAACAGCUGACUACUACUGUACUUUGACAGCAGCCACACUUGAUUCUUACAAACCCAAUUACACUUGACUAGCUUGCUUGCAGUAACUUGUAGACUAGAGUCGAGUGACAGUCUCUACUGCUGGACGUAGAACGCAGACGGCGAGGAAACCUUGUUUUAAAGAAAGGCAACAGGCUGUCGGGCAUCAGGCAUUCGAGCCAAGACACAGCACAAUGGCGUGGAGAUCAGGUGGCGAGGCCGUACUAGUGCUGUUACAUGUGUUCGUUGUACUGCAAUCGGUGUCAGCCUUUCCUUUGCGAGCAAGGCAUUUUCAUGGCUCCUUGGCCCGACCACAUUCCGUGCAUCCGCCCCAUCUCUUGCCAACAGUAUCAACAGCUACUUCUUCCACUCGACUGUUUGGCUUGCGCCUCAGGGCACGUCAACGAAUUGCGUCUCUUUUUGGAAGGCUGAGGCGCAAGAAGCAGCAGCGACCAGAGCCAAUUAUCAAUGGAGCAGCACGGAAUCCCAUUAAUGAAACAAUUAUUAUUGCUACUCACUACGAAGAAACAUCAUCACGUCCCAGUAGUACCAAUGGCGAGACACUUGGCACAUCAUUGUCAUCUGUCACUCCUCCAAGGCGUGUUGAAGAUGAUGACUAUACUAAAUUCAUUCAAGAAUCCUUACCACCCAACAAUGGAUCCUUCCUCUAUAUUCCUCCCAUCAAUACCACAGACAGACUUCGUCAUUCCUCCGAGUUUCACAGCAAAAUUGAACAUUUUCAACAAUACACUCCCCGUGACAUUGCCCUGCUGAAAUCGGUUCGAUUACGGAUUGUCAUGGAUGGCAUGCGGGCAUCACCCUUGGAACCAGCUGUCUACCGAGCCUUUGAAGUCCUCUAUCAGGAUCUUUUGCCCUUGAGAGUGGCCGGUCGCUUUAUAUUCCGACGGCUUUCCUACGUUUUGAAAAUGUGCCAAGAGACGAGGCAAAAUGACUUGGAGCUGCUUCAGAAUAGUAGUACCACAGGCAUGAUGUCACAGGAACUACUGGAAGCGGCUCAAUAUGCCUUUUUACUCUUGGUCGAAGAUACAACACCAAACAGCACUGAGGAUGAUUCUGGAAUCAACAAUGAUUCCGAACACGAUGUGCUGUUGCCAAUGGUGCAACUGAACCAGUCUGGAGUACUGUCAGAGGUGAUUGCUCCGAGAUUGGGCAUGGAAAACAAUCAGGAGCAACAGCAACUACUGGAGUGGAUGAUGUCAAGCAAUUCUAAUGACAACAGCAACAUUAACGAUACACUGAACUUUCCACAGUUUGUACAGGGAUUGCAACAGUGUAUACGGGAAUCCUCAGGUCAUGACCACAGCAAAAAGAAUUCAUCCCUUCUUUUGCAGUCCUUAUUGCAAGACUUUUGCGUUCAAGUGGCUCGCAGGACCAAUGGUCGUCGGACGCAUCGUGUCUUGGACGAACAACGACAACAAUACAGUGAUCGCUUCGAAAGCAUGCUGGACGCAUUUGCCGGAUGGAAGGCAUUGGUGCCUCCUCCCGAGCGCAAGGGUCGCAUGUUGGACGUGCUGCGAGGCUGCUUUGUCGGGGCGCAAAAUGAAGCCGUUCGAGAAGCCUUGCGGGUCGUCUACGUGGACCAUCCAACCAUGAGAGUGGCGGGGAAUACAAUCUUUGCCCUCAUGUCCGCGUUGAUACCAACAUCGCCAUCAUCUUCUUCGUCCCGAACAGCACAGCAGCAGGAAACACAAGACCAGCUCAAUGAGGACCGACAAAACAUAUAACAGCUAGCUAACAAUUCAAUUAAUUGUACAUACAAAAACGC